CUCCUUUUGCAUCCACACAUGUGGUUGCGCAAUGUAUCGAAUCGCCUUGUGGCCUUAUACUUCGCCACAGUAACUGAGGCUUGCAGAGAAAAUCAAGAGAAGUCGGCGGGAAAAUAUUGUCUGAUGAGGCCAAGUAGACUUUUUCUUAUAGCUAUGUCUCUCUGCUGCCAACUGAAAGUGCAACUCACUGACGAUGCAGCCAACUCCUUGAUUACUCAGAAUCUUGUGUUUUCAAUUUGUGGAGUACAUUCCUUGGUAGGACAAAAUAAUAUGGAUCCUCAAGACUUCUGGUCUACUGUUGAACAUCGUGAUCAAGCCCGCUAUCUUAAAGUGUUUCAUUUGCUUGAUUCGAGAAAAGGAAGAGGCGAGUUUGCAUCUCUUGCAUCUGGUUUUAAUGGUCAAAAUGAUCAACAAAAUAGUGAGCACUAUCAUCACGUGCUCAUCAUUUAUCUCCUUAAGAGAAUGGGGAAGAUUGCCCUUCAGAUGGAAGCUAUUCAGGUGAAAAUUGUUUUUGAUAGUUUCAAAUCGAUUUCACCAAAAAUUCUUGGCCAAUAUGAAAUUUCAUCACCAAAUGAUGAGGAUGGCUGCCAGAAUUAUGCUUAUCAUAUGCUGCUACCUUUAUACAAAGUCUCUGAAGGAUUUGCUGGGAAAGUUAUUCCGGAUGAUGUGAAGCAGUUGGCACAAGAGGCUUCUGAAACUAUCAGAAAUACUAUAGGAAUGCAGAAUUUUGUUCAAGUUUACAGCCAGAUCAGGAAAAACCUCAAGGCAAAGAGGGAUAAGAGAAAGCACGAAGAAAAACUAAUGGCUGUGGUUAAUCCUAUGCGAAAUGCCAAGAGGAAGCUGAGGAUUGCAGCCAAGCAUCGAGCCAACAAGAAAAGGAAAAUAACGACUUUCAGGAUGGGAAAAUGGAGGCUGCCUUAAAAACCAGAAAGCAAAUGAUGUAGUCAGAUUGCUGAAGAGGCAAAAAAGAAUGCAUUUAUUUGGCAGUUUCUGGCUUGGUCAUUGGUCACAGAUGGUUCUCAUCUUGUUAAUAUAACAGUUUUCCGCUACAUAGCUACCUUUACGAUGUUUCUCUCCAAGUGCUGGCGUUUCCCUUGCAGAAACCCAGCAUUAAAUGUGCUGUUGAAUGUGUGCAUCAAAGAAAUUAUGGGAGACUGCAGCCUUGGGCACCUUGAAGAUGAGUGGAAAUGUGGCAUGAGGAUGACCUUUGCUAUGCAAGUUUUUGAUCGUAUGGUACCCAAGCAGCCACUUUAAGAGUGUUGUAACUUUUCAAGGGCAUCUUUGAUGUCACAUGAGCUUCUUGGCAUGCUGCUUGUUAAUACAUUCCAUGGGAUUGACAGUCAGCCGGCUUGCCGUGUCCUGUGCUUCAUUGCUAAAGAAUGUCAUGAGGUGACGAGUUGAUUCAUUGGGUAGGUUUGAAACCCUACCCCAACAUCCUUGGAGUGUGCUUGGAUCGCAGGUUAAAGGCGGGAUAACAUCAAUAGGAUAGGAGAAAAAAACAUGUGGGAUCUAUUUAUAUCACGUUUGGUAAUUAAAACAAUGCAUCGAAAAUUCUACUCGGGUUUAUCUUGACUUAGUUUGAAAAUUAACUUUAACUUGUUUGUGUGGGUUAAAUGAAACCCAUGGAGGGGCAGAGAUAAUUUGGCUAUCCAUAAGAUAUCUCCGUAUUAUUAUUAUUAUUAUUCUACCCGUUUUUAUUUGUUAAC